GGCACUGGUUUCUUUCUAGCAAACUACAUGAAUUUGCAAAAAACCAGCAGAAGAAGCAUUAAAAUUUGUUUGUCACUUAAACUUUUCGUAUUUUAAUAAAUUUAUAAAGCUAAAUAAGUGUAAAAAUAUGGCUUUAGCAGAAAUUUGUAAUAUUUCAAAUGCUCCCUAUAUGAAAUCACGUAAUUUUACACCUUCGGAUUUCGAAAACGAUUGCCAGCAGUAUACCUCGAAUUUGGUUAAUCCCUACGUAUUGUCGGCACCACCAUUCGAAAAUCCCAUUGAGAAUUUAUGUAAAAUUCAGGCUAACAGUGAUAAGAGUGGCAUUAAAAUAGAAUUUGAUCAUGGUACCACAACAUUGGGUUUCAAAUAUCAAGGAGGUGUUAUAUUGGCAGUAGAUUCUCGUGCUACCGGCGGUCAAUUUAUUGGCUCUCAAACCAUGAAGAAAAUUGUGGAAAUUAAUCAAUAUUUAUUGGGUACAUUGGCUGGUGGUGCAGCCGAUUGUGUGUAUUGGGAUCGUGUAUUGGCUAAGGAAUGCCGCCUGCAUGAAUUGCGCAACAAGGAACGUAUUUCGGUGGCCGCCGCUAGUAAGAUAAUGGCUAAUAUUGCUCAUGAAUACAAGGGUAUGGGUCUUAGUAUGGGCAUGAUGUUGGCUGGCUAUGAUAAACGUGGUCCUGGCCUUUACUAUGUCGAUUCGGAGGGUUCACGUACACCCGGUAAUGUUUUCUCUGUGGGCAGUGGUUCUGUUUAUGCUUUUGGUGUUUUGGAUUCUGGCUAUAAGUGGGAUUUGAAAGAUGAAGAGGCUCAAGAAUUGGGCAGACGUGCUAUUUAUCAUGCCACCUAUAGAGAUGCCUAUUCGGGUGGUAUUGUACGUGUUUAUCAUAUGACCCCCAAUGGUUGGAUUAACAUUUCCAAUACCGAUUGUAUGGAAUUACAUUAUAAGUAUGAAGAUGAAAAGAAAAAUAAACAUUAAAGAGUUGCAGCCUGAAAGGGAUGAUAUUGUAAGAGUUUCUUUGUGAAUUAAAUUCAUUUUAUUUUAUAAAAAAAAGAAAAAAUUAAUAAAAACGUGUGGAUUUUUGUAAUAGAA